AUGUUUCCAUCCUCAUCUCCGACGGAGAAGCAAUCGCCGGAUCUGAUAAGCAACCGCCGGGAUCUGCUUUUACUCCUUCAGUCGUGGCUUAGAUGCCUUUGUUCCGACGACGUCUCCGUCUUCAGAUUUUCCGUUGCUUCGAUCUUCUCGUACAGUUUCCUGCUUCCCGUCGCGCUUCACUAUGAACAACGGAGCAUCGAUGCUUCGAUCUUCUCGUUAACGCGACGAAGAGUUCUCUGCUUGAUUGGACUUUCCGUAUCUGACAUUUCUCGAACAAAUUAUCGAGACUGUGAAAUGAACUCUGGAGCCAAACUUGCGUACGCUGAAGAGUUUCUUUCUGAUGAUCAAACGUAUUGGAUGCAUGGAGCUAGUUUCCGAUAUUGGCUGUCAGACAAUGCUAUCAAGGAAAAAAGAAGGAGAAGCAAGAACCCAGAAUAUUGCAGCACCAAGUGUAGAGAAAAGACUGCACGUUUGAAGUCGGAUUCAACAAGCAAGUCUUGA